AUGAGUUUGCCUCCGUCAAUUAACAAAAGACUAAGAGCCUGCCUUGGAUGCUCUCUAAUUAUGACACAAGCGCAGUUUAAAGAGGAAGGAUGCGGUAACUGCACUGCCCUUAACAUGAAGCACAACACAGACAAUGUGAUAGACUGCACAACCGACAGAUACACAGGAGUCAUUGGGCUGUGCAACACAAAGUCUUCAUGGGUUGCGAAGUGGCAGCACAUGGACACUUUUGUUCCUGGGCUAUACGCAAUGACCAUGGAGGGGGAAUUGCCAGAAAGCAAAAUACUCGCACUGGAAAGAGCAGGCCGCACGUACCACCCAAGAAACAAAUCGUUUGUUUUAUAA